AUGUCCUUCAGCUUCGGAAACACAAGCGGCACGCCUACAUCAGGCAGCGGCACGAACCCGACAACUUCUGCGCCAGCAUCCGGAGGUCUUUUCGGCGGCGCGGCUACUGGAGGAGCGGGCAGUGGCUUUUCCUUUGGCAACUUGGGCAGCAACACGCCUGGAGGAGCUGCAGCAGGCUCAAGCAGCGGCACUCCUGCUGCCGGCGGAGGUCUCUUUGGUGCGAGCACCGGUCAGAAGCCCGCAGGCGGUGGCCUCUUCGGCAGCACGACACCAGCAUCGACUGGAACACCGGCAUCGACUGGCGGCGGUCUCUUUGGAGCGAAGCCUGCGGCAGGCGCAUCCACCCCGGCCGCUUCUGGUGGUCUUUUCGGAAACACAAGCUCGAGCACACCCAGCACAUCCGCUCCGGCGUCCGGAGGUCUUUUUGGCGGAGCCGCGAGCGGCACUCCCGCCGCUGCAUCGGGAGGUCUCUUCGGAGGAGCUGCGGCGUCUAAACCAACCUCGAAUCUCUUCGGCGGUGGAAACACGGCAAGCCCUGCUCCUGCCGCUGGCGGUCUCUUUGGACAGAAUGCCUCAUCAACUCCUUCAUCAGCCCCUGCACCUGCGGCUGGAGGACUCUUCGGCGGUAUGAAGCCUGCGGCAUCUGGCACACCAACCGCCCCAGCAACAACAGCGACGCCCGCGAAGCCUGCCUUCUCCCUCGGAGGAUCAACUACACCUGCUGGAGCUCCUCCGACUGGCGCGGCCAAUCCUGCCGCUGGCGGUCUCUUCGGCGGUGCCGCGGCAUCUGGCUCUGGCUCAGCUGCCCCCUCUCCUUUCGGUGCUGCGGCCGCGGCUAAGCCGGCAGAGAGCAACGCCGGCGGUCUCUUUGGCGGUGCUGCCCAGUCCAAGGCUGCUUCAACCGCACAGCCUGCAAGCACAGGAGGCCUUUUCGGUGGUGGAGCUCAGACAACACAAGCGCCUGCCGCCGGUGGUCUCUUUGGCGCCGCAAAACCAGCUGCCUCUCCUGCUCCAAGCGCUGGGGGUUUGUUCGGCCAAGCUGCUGCUACCACAUCUGCUCAGCCCGCUUCCACAGCUACAGCAGCUCCUGCUGCCGGUGGGCUCUUUGGGGCCACUGCUGCCGCGCCCGCUGCUGCAGGUGGUCUCUUCGGCAACGCAGCUUCGACACCCGCAGCUUCAACAGCCCAGCCGGCGGCCAGCGCCGGAGGUUUGUUCGGUGCAAAGCCCGCUGCCACCACGGCCGCCACCCCGGCUGCUACGACUACUGCUGCCCCUUCAUCUCUGUUCGGCGGCGCGUCGUCCGCCGCCGCCGCUCCCGCGUCCAAGCCUGCCGGUGGCCUCUUUGGAGCUGCCCCAGCUGGCACAUCUCAGCCUGCUGCCGCCACCACUGCGGCAGCUACUCCCACAGCAACCACAACGUCGGCUACCGCUGCCACCCCUGCCGCCGCUGGCGGUCUCUUCGGCGCGAAGCCAUCUACUCCCGCUGCUACUACGACCCAGACCAGCACCGCGCCCGCUGCAAGCACGGCCGCUGCCGGUACUUCAAAUGCUACGCUUGGUGCCUCUACCACUGGCCCAACUUCCCAGCUGCCUCGCCUGAAGAACAAGUCCAUGGACGACAUCAUCACUCGCUGGGCCUCAGACUUGUCCAAGUACCAGAAGGACUUCAAGCAUUACGCCAACCAGGUCGCCGACUGGGACCUGGGACUCGUCGACAACGGCGAGAAGAUCCAGAAGCUCUACCUCAACACAUUUGAGGCUGAGAAGGCGAGCCACGAGAUUGAGCGCCAACUGCAGGCUGUCGAGAGCCAGCAGGAUGAGCUGGAGGAGUGGCUGAACCGCUACGAGACCGAGGUGAAGGAGAUGUUCUCCAAGCAGAUGGGUCAGGGCGAGACCCUUGCUGGACCUGAUCAGGAGCGCGAGCGUACUUACAAGCUGGCCGAAAAGCUCACGCAAAACCUUGACGAGAAGAGCAGAGAUCUGUCCAAGAUGGUUAAGGAGAUUAAUGACAUUUCCGGCACUCUGAGCAAGGGCACCAAGCCCGAGGAUCCUCUGAGCCAGAUUGUCCGUGUUCUCAACGGCCACCUGUCGCAGCUGCAGUGGAUUGACACCAAUGCUGCUUCUCUACAAGCCAAGGUGUCUGCUGCUCAGAAGGCAAACAAUAACCUGGGAAGUCAAUACGGAGCUCCGGAGACGGAUGCGGCGGAGAGCUUCUACCGGUCUUACAUGGGUCGGCGUUGA